AUGUUCUUCCAAUAUCCUUCCAGGCCACACGGCCAUCUUGCGCGCCGCCUUGAAAAGACCUCCGGCUUGGCUAUCCACGACUCUGACACAUGUGCGUGGAUUACAUUCCUUUUAUUGCCGCCACUUGUUCAUCGAUGCGUACUCCGUCACCUUCUGGCUGGCUGGCCUCAGCGCCACCCACUAUUAGCCGUCGUCGCAUAG